AUGUCGAAUAAGCUUGAAGAAAGUUCAGUGCCACACCGAGGGAAAGAGGAGGAGGAGGAGAGUCGUACUUCUACGUUGUUGGUGAACGAUGCAGACGUGCUCGACACAGAGGAGCACAAUGACGAUCCGUCGAGCUUAAGCGAACCCUUGGGCAUGGGCCGAGCUAGGAUGGUGCAUCUCGACCUCGACUUGGCCGUGGAUUUCGAAUCUACACGUUUGGUUGGCCGCGUAGAUAUAACGUGUACGCCGAAUACUACUGGUCCCUGCGAGUUGGUGUUGGACACUAGGAAUUUGCAGAUCCGACAAGUGUAUUUGGUCACAGCUCAUCCCCCCAUUAUACCGGGCGUUUCGGCAGCAUAUGUACUCCAAGAACUUCCUUACGAACUGGCAGAGGAUCAGAAGGAUCCAGUGUUGGGAACCCCAUUACGUAUAACCCUACCUCCGACGUGCCUGGCUGGUCAGCAACUAUUCGUACGAGUGGUGUACGCUACGUCGAGUAACAGUUCUGCUCUACAGUUCCUUACAAAGGAACAAACUUCUGGGGGAAAAUACCCAUUUCUGUUUUCACAAUGUGAGGCUAUUCAUGCGAGGGCGAUGAUACCCUUGCAAGAUGGAUGCAACUGCAAGGUUACCUAUUCAGCCCGUGUGAGAGCACCGACAGAACUAUUCUGUUUGAUGUCAGCAAUUCGACAAACUUCAGGAGGCCAUCGAUGCCAGUUCUCUGGAUUAUGGUCAGCCCACACGUUCCGUCAAGACGUUGCUAUCCCACCUUACCUUAUUGCUAUUGUCUGCGGAGAAUUGGUCGGCAAACGACUCGGUCCUCGAUGCACAGUUUGGGCUGAGAAUUCGGUCGUUGACAAAGCUCAGUGGGAAUUCCAAGAGACAGAGAAGAUACUCCACAUUGCCGAAGAACUAUGUGGACCUUAUCGAUUCGGAGUAUACGAUCUCUUUGUGGUGCCGCCAUCCUUCCCAUAUGGGGGUAUGGAGAACCCUUGCCUGACCUUUGUCACGCCAACCCUCCUUGCGGGAGAUCGUAGUCAAGUUGAUGUGAUUGCCCACGAGAUAGCUCACAGUUGGAGCGGAAAUCUUGUGACCAACCGUAACUGGGAGCACUUCUGGUUGAAUGAGGGUAUGACGUGCUUCAUUGAGCGGAAGAUCGUGGAGCGAUGCUUUGGUGAAGAACGUGGUGCACUUCGGGCGGAGAGCGGCUGGCAGGGACUACUCCAAUGUGUUGAGCGCAUUGGACCCGACCACAACUUCACGUGCCUCGUACCAGAUCUUUCUUGUGGUGUGGAUCCAGAUGACUCCUUCUCUACCGUUCCCUAUGAAAAGGGAGCCAGUCUGUUAUGGUAUCUCCAAGAACUCGUUGGAGGCGAUGAAGUUUUCCAGCCCUUCGUUCGCAAGUAUUUUGAGGUUUUUGCCGGCUCAACAGUCACAACCGAACAGUUUGCCAACUUUUUCAUGCAAGAGUUUGAGGGAAAGAUAUCUGAAACGCCCGAUUGGAAGAAACUUUUCUAUACUCCGGGUAUGCCGGAAUACAAGCCUCCAUAUGAUGUGAAGCCGGUAGAAGAGGCUAAGGCCCUUGCCGCUGAGUGGGAGGAGGCAGCACACAAUGAUGUUAUUCCUGAGGUUUCGGGUGUGAGAGAUUGGCCUAGCGCAAAGAAGUGUAUCAUGCUUAAUGCUCUUAUCAAUAAUGGCAGGUUUGAGGAUGGAAGAUAUGCGCCGGAAGUAGUGAAGAAGAUGAACGAUGCUUAUGGCUUUCUGGAAACGAACUGUGAAGUACGUUGCGACUUCAUCCAACUCGCCUUGUCAUCGGGUUGGAAUGAUGCGAAGAAAGAGGCUGUCAAGUUACUGACGGAGCAGGGAAGGAUGAAAUUCACUCGAACUCUCUAUCGAGCUCUAUUCGAAGUCGAUCCCGAGCUGGCCAGAAGAACCUUCGAAGAGCAUAAGCUAUUUUAUCAUCCUAUAUGUCGUAAGAUGGUCCAGAAGGAUAUUGGUCUUGGCAGCGAUAGCGAGUGACGAUAUUGACGAUGAUUUCUGGUUAGAUGAAAAUGCCACU